AUGGCAAACAGUACGGCGCGCAGGAUCAAAGAGGCCGUGACCCUCAAGUCGGACGAGUCACGGCACGAAGAAGUCAGCGCCUGGUCGAACCGCGACCUCAUUCCUCUGCCGCCCUCCCGCCGCACCUGGGGCUGGUUCAACUUCUUUGGCUCUUGGUCUUUAUCGUCUCUCAAUGUCGCGACAUGGCAGACCCCCAACACGUUCCUCACCCAGGGGCUCUCCGUAGGCCAGGCCAUGGCCGUCAUCGUCGUCUCUCGCGCUCUCUGCUGCCUUUUCGCAAUCUUCGUGGCCUGGUGCGGUCUCACCUGGCACAUUGGCUUCACCGUCCAGAACAGAUACACCUGGGGGUUCAGAGCGAGUUACAUCCCGUUGUUGCAGCGCAUUUUGCUCAACUUUAUCUGGACCGCUCUCCAGUGUUGGAAUGGAGGUAAACUGGUAACCGUCUGCAUCACCGCCAUCUGGCCCUCCUUCGCCAAGAUAGCAAACACGCUGAGCGCGAGCACCCCGACGACGACCUACGAGCUGAUCGGCUUCAUCGUCUUUUGGGCCGUCUCGCUACCUUUCCUCUUCAUCCGCCCAGAGCGCUUCAAAAAGCCCUUCUUCGUGUCCUCCGUCGCCUGCGGCGCGGGCAUGCUCGCCCUUCUCGCCUGGUCCGUCGCCGUGGCGCGGGGCGUCGGCCCCGUCUUCUACCAGGGCGAAAAGGUCUCCGCCUCGUCCCGGUGGAGCGCCUCGUGGCUGAUGAUGGCGGGCAUCAACCAGGCCAUCGGGGGCAAGGCCGCGGGCAUGACGAAUAGCAGCGAUUUUUCGCGGUACUCCAAGAACAAGAGGGACUACAUCAUCGGCACGGUGUCGGUGUACUGGGUCACCGGCGUCCUAGUCUGCCUGGGGGGGUUGGUGACCACCGCCGCCUGUCAGAAGAUUUAUGGACAGAUUUAUUGGAACCCGCCUGACCUGUUGAUGGUUAUGAUGGAUCAUGGCGAAGGGUCAUCCGGGUCUCGUGCCGCAGUCUUCUUCCUAGCCCUCGCCUUCGCCUUCACCUCCAUGUUUGAAAACGUGUGCUCCAACGCUGUGGCCGGCGGUAUCGACCUCGCCGGCCUGUUCCCACGCUAUAUUGACAUCCGCCGCGGCGCCCUCAUCACCUUCUUUGCCGCGUGGGUCAUCCAGCCCUGGCAGCUCAUCAACGAGGCCGCUACCUUUGUCGCCGUCCUCAACUCCUUUGCCGUCUUCCUCGCCCCAAUCAUGGGCGUCAUGGUCUGCGACUACUUUGUCCUGCGCCGGCAGCGGGUCAAGCUGUCGCACCUGUUCCACCCGGAGGGCUCAGACUACUGGUACUGGCACGGCGUGAACUGGAGGGUGAUUCCGUGCUGGGUCGCCGGGUGGGCGCCGACGAUUGGCGGGUUGAUUGCGAGCGCGGACAAGGACGUCGGUGCGAGGGCGUCUGAUACGGUCUAUGAGCUUUACUACAUUGCCUUCUUCAUUGGUUUCCUGAUUUCGUUUCUUCUGUUUUGGGUUGCGAACCUUGCGUUCCCCGUUGCGCAUCUUGGAGAAUAUGAUGAGGUGGACAAGUACGGCACGUUUACUACAAGUGAGGCGGCCAAGCUGGGCGUCGUGCCCAGCACAGAGGCCGUUGUUUCGGGGGUGGGCAAGGAAGAGGGCAUUGAGACUUUUGUGGGAGAAGUUUCGAUGGAGGAUCCUGGGAGAACGAGACGAUGGUGGAGCGUCAGACAUCGCUGA